UUUAAUGUUGGCCGUCCGUGACUCUCCUUUGAGUUGGCAUUGUCUUCAUAUACUCAUCCUCUUCGGGGCUAGAAUUCAACAGAAAAACAGUCGAGGAAUUUGCCCUCUAGAUUUGGCCCCCGAAUUAAGAAAAAUACAAGAAACUUGUGUUGAGAGCCUUUUCCAAAUGGCCUGUGUUCGGCCAACAAAUUCAAAUUCUGGGGGUAAUCACGUCAGUGGCAGUCAAGUUCACUUGAGUGGAGGAGGGACGGGGAAUGGAGAAAAGGAAGAGAAUGGAGGUGGAGUGGUUGGAGGAGUAGGUGGAGGACAGACCAACAUAAACAUGGCUGGUAGUAUAGGUGGAACUGUAAGCACUCAAGAAAGACUAAUGAAAACGGCAGCGAUGAUUUCUGCUACUAAACAUUUGCGUAAAUCAAAUGUUGAUGCUGGCAAGUGUUUAAAUUUAAUAAAUCAAAACAUGUUAAUUUUAAGAAUCGCUUCUGCUGCCAGCAAGUUUUUGCGAGAGGGGAAGUCUUAG